CCCAUAUUUUUAUAACUGUAUCAUAACCUUAUGAGUCACGGACUAAAUCUAGAGAAAUAAAAUUAAGCCAUUAGUCGAGAUAGAUUAAUUUGUGUUGUUGAUUAACGCCUGAUAAAGAAUGUGUUACUCUAUCAAUACAAUAACAUUCCGCCAAGUCGUUAUCUAUCUGUUAUCGAGACCGUAACCUACCUAUUUACAAUUUAUCGAACAACAAAUAAGGCUUUUAAUGGUAAUUAUAAUGAAAAUGUAAUAAGUAGUACUCAUUUUGAGCAAAACAAGUUAUUAAAUGUUUAAACAAGUUAUUUUAUCGGUUAACCUUGCUAAAAGCGCCUAGUAUCCACAGCAGCUGACCAAAGAAUUAAAAAAAUAUAUAUUGACGUUUGACAAAGUGCCAAUCCAAUUGUCAUUAUUAUCAUGUCAAAAUCCGAAGACUUUCUCGUUGUUCAAAGUAUUUGUAAAUAAUAAUAGAACUCAAUAUCGAAUAAUAACAAUGAGUCUGCCAUUAAGGGAGACUUAUUUGAAGUAUAAAGUGUGUGUUAUUUGCAACGUUCCACAGUCACAGGCGCCAGGAGUUCUAUACGCCAAGUUUCCUCAGAGUGUCAAUCGAUGUCGGAAAUGGAUAAGAAUGAUAGGUGAUGUAAAACUCCUCCAGCUAUCCCUAAAGAAGCUCCAGUACCGCUUUGUCUGUGGCAACCACUUCAUGCCCCACUACUUCACUAAGAGCGGGAAGCAUUUGACCAAAGAUGCAGUGCCAACAGUGUUCCCACAUACUAUCAAGCCACUGAAGAGAGACGUGGUCAAUUUGUUUCCCAUGCUUAUGAAUAGGACUAAUAAUAAGGUUUUACUUAAAUGUACACAGAGGAUUGUGCCCAUAAAAAACCCAGCCUUAGAAACCCCCGAUUCCACAAGAUAUGAAUACUUAGAUGAUGAGUUUCAAGAACACAUGGACCCAGAUGCUCCAGAAGUCUCAGAACCUUUAAUAACGAUAAAACAAGAAGCACUGGACCCAGAUCUUCAAGAAUGUCUACCAAAGAUAAUCCCGAUCCUACACCACAGCCUGCCGCCCAACUCGCAGACCACGGAAAUCUACACCAUCAACAAAGACCGCCAGGUCAUACCCAUCACCACCAAAGUGCUUAACGAUGGCAAAGAAUGUAUUAUUGAGUUAUCACAGAAGAAGAUACCUGUGGUCCCCAAAGAGCCGAAAGUGAUACCCGUCAGUAACAAAGUGUUGUCAAACAUUCUGAAGAAAGAUGUCUUUGUGAAGAUAGAACCAAUCGAUUGCAACUCUAGGACGAAAUCAAAAAGAAAACUACAAAGAGAAGAGGAAUUGGAACGCAAAAUCCUAAAACUACAGCGCAGGAACAAGCAACUAAAACGGAUACUAAAAAACAUCUGCUUAGUAGACGAAAUUGAAUCCCCUAACAUAAAGAAGGUUAUAGAAAAGGCUAUACACAAUAAACAAUUGAAAGAAGGCAUUAAUGAGUUCACACACGAGAAGCAGAUGGCAGCCGCCAUUUUGAAAAGGGCUUUAAGUGCAUAUCAUUAUUUGAGCUGUUUGAUGCCUUUACCUAGUGUGUGUGCGUUAGAGAAGAUAGCUAAAGGAGUUCCUUCUACAAGUAAAACUACUAAGUGUAGACAUUUGUUAUAAAAAUAGCUAAAAUCGUGAUGGAAUGUUCUUUAAGUGCGAAAGUGUAUUGUUUAAUCGGUGAUGUGAGAAUAUAUUAACACACAUUUUUACCAUUUUUGGUGCAAAAAUCGAUAUGUUGGUUGUAAAAUGAAUAAAUGUAAUUUAUAAUA